UUUGAACUGCGCAACAGCGAUGCUGACUUUUCAUUGGACAGUUGGACGUCUGGCUUCUCACUGCCGAGCCACAGCAGGUUUUGUAUGGGGGACAGUGGUUACACACAUACGACUCGUCCGUGAAACUCCGAACGUCACUUUAGCUGCUAAAACACAACGGCUUUUAUCUACGUCGCACCCCGCCGAAGAGCUCCAACUUAAACCAGAAGGUGAAACGUUUCUCCGUGUACGGCGAGGAUGUCUGUCCCGGCAGGAGAGGGAUGAAGAUGACACAACUGUUGUGGCGAAUUGUGUCAGUGUGCCUAUGUGUUGCUGUAGUCUGCCGGUACCCUGAUUGCUAUGUCGGAUGUACAGAGUCUGACCCAGAGGUCCAGAGGCCCGAGUUCUCACAGGACAUCACCUCAGAGGAGGAGUCAGAGAAGACGGCUCCUCAUCCGAAGUCCUUAUCUGAAAAUGAGCAACAGAUAGCAGAUGAUCGCCCAAAAGCCGAGCAGACAACACAAGAGGUGGACCUAAAACAACAUGCCGAGCCUUUGGAGGCAGAUCAGCCCGACGUGGAGGUAGAGUUGGAAGCAGAGCAAACUGUACCACAACCAGAGGAAGCCUCUGAAGAUCAGCAUCCCGAAGGGCUCGUCUCUCAAAACCAGGAGCCUGGCCCCCUGCGGCCCUCCCCGGUUUCGGCCGUCCCCGCCGUGCCAACAGGUGAUCCCAGCGUCCCCGACCCACACGAGGACAUCCCCAACAGUGUUUCAGGUGAAGCUCCGGACGUCGGGGAUGCUGACCUGCGUCUGGCCGACUGUGUGGAGGAAGGAAACAACCCAUAUGACGGCGACAGCCCUCCGCUGGUUUUGGAGAACACCGCCAACGCUCACACCGUCGGCACUAAAACCCACACCGAGCCCCCCCUGAGCCCGCCAGCCGUGCCCAGCGCCAAGUUUCUGGAUAGCAACGCGUCGCACGCGCUCAAAGAGCCGGCGCUGAGCUCCCCCGGCGCCGCAGACACAGAUUCCAGCGCGAGCAGCCGAGACCCAGAGGACAUCCCCACUUUUGAUGAGUGGAAGCGGAAGAUGAUGGAGGUGGAGAAAGAGAAAACUUUGACUACUCACACCUCCAACAACGGAGGUCCUCAAACAGUGAAGAAGGUCCAGAAGAACUUCAACAACUACGCCUCAGUGGAGUGUGGAGCCAAGAUUCUUGGCGCUAACCCGGAGGCGAAGGGCACGUCGGCCAUAUUGAUGGAGAAUAAGGACAUGUACAUGUUGAAUCCCUGCAGCAACAAAAUCUGGUUUAUUAUUGAGCUCUGUGAGCCCAUCCAGGUCAAGCAGUUGGACAUCGCCAACUUUGAGCUUUUCUCCUCCAUGCCCAAAGACUUCCUCGUCUCCAUCAGCGACAGGUACCCGACAAAUAAGUGGCUGAAGCUCGGAACCUUUCAUGCAAGGGAUGAGCGCACGGUUCAGAGCUUCCCGUUAGACGAGCAUCUGUAUGCUAAAUACGUGAAGAUGUUCACCAAGUACAUAAAGGUAGAGCUGGUCUCUUACUUUGGCUCCGAACACUUUUGCCCCCUCAGUCUGAUCAGGGUGUUUGGCACGAGCAUGGUGGAAGAGUACGAGGAGAAUGCCGAACCGUCGGAGAGAACUGAAGACCAGGAUGAUGACCUGGACUAUCCCCCUGGAUCCACAUCUGGUGAAGUCAAGUUACCCAAGAACCUGAUUGGAUCAGCCAAAGAUGCCAUUUUGGACAUGGUAAGCAAUAUUGCUGUCAAUGUUCUCGGGACAAGCUCAGACAUGAAAGGCAAUCUUUCAUCGGAGGAUGUGAACAUGACUGAGCCAUCACAACAGCCUGAAACCAGCCCUGAAGCUGUGACUACUGACCUCACUACAGUUCCAGACACUGAAGAAGUGCAGAUUUUCCAAGACUCUGAUGUGGCUCCAACCGCAGCUCCGUCCUCAGAGACACCGGCCGCUGACAGCAGUGAGCAAACGCUUCCCCAGGUGGAGGAUAAAAUAGUCAUUCCCUUAGAGAAUGACGAGGAGGAGCCAGUCAGAUCUACAGUCACUCUCAUGAACGAGGAGGAGUCGGAGGAACACAAAGACAAAAAGGGCGGUCACGACCCACACGAAGAAAGCCUAAAAUGUUGCCCACCAUCUGCCUCUGCCUCCCCCUCAUGCUCGUGCGCGGCUUCCUUCCAGGAGUCCGUCCAGCGCCAGUGCUCGGCUGUCCUGUCCAAAAAGAGAAAAUGCCAAACGAUGGGCAAAAAGCAAAAAACUCCCCACAUCAAAGCACCCGCCUGGAAGCUAUCCAUAGUCCACACUGCCUGCCCCGAGCCCCGGCCGCAGCACACCGAGGCACAUCAACCCCACCAGGGGGAGCCGACCACCGAAGGGGAGCCGGAGAGGGACGCGGCCAUCCCGGAGGCGCCGCAGGCAGCAGGGCAAACGGAGCCGUCAGCGGCCGACCCGAUUGAGCUGGAGCCCAGUCAGACCGCCAACCUCCCCAAACCCAGCGACUCAUCUUCGGCCAGACCCACCCCCGCUGUGGACACGCCCCCGCCGUCUUCUGAGGAACCCCCAACGGGGCCGGGGUCGGACAAGAGCCCGGAGGUGUCGACUGAGGAGAGGCCCACUGAGCCUUCAGCCUCUCUCAGCAGCUCCGUCCAGGCCAAACCCAGCGUCUCGGAGGACGAAGCGUCCGAGGAGAGGCCGAGCGCCGACGCUCCCCCGCUCCAAGCAAAGUCCCCCACCCACGUCCAGGGGGCCGCCCAUCAGCCCUCAGUUCUCCUGCCGGCCCCCUCUCUUCACCCCGAGCACCUGGCUGAGCCCACAGCCGCGGCCGAAAUUGGCCCCGCCUCCACAGAGGCGCCCCCCCCAGACCCGGACUCGGUCACCGAGCCCGAGCCCGCGGAGGACCCUCCAGAGGACACGGCGGGAUCAUCAGCCGGCAACGGCCAGCCGUUCCGCCCCCCGUCGCCGAGCCCCUCGUCGGCCCCCUCGCCGUCGCUCUCGGACAUUUACGCCGAGCCCUUCAACGGAAGCGAGCAGAACGGGAACCAGGUGCACGGCUCCAGCCAGAGGGAGUCGGUCUUCAUGAGGCUCAACAACCGCAUCAAGACGCUGGAGGUGAACAUGUCCCUCAGCGGGCGCUACCUGGAGCAGCUCAGCCAGAGGUAUCGGAAGCAGAUGGAGGAGAUGCAGAGAGCUUUCAACAAGACCAUCAUCAAACUCCAGAACACUUCCAGAAUCGCAGAGGAGCAGGACCUCCGUCAGACUGAAUCCAUCCAGCUGCUGCAGGGUCAGCUGGAGAACGUGACUCAGCUGGUUCUCAACCUGUCAUUAAGAGUCAGCCAGCUGCAGAUUGAGGUGUCAGACAGGCAGAACUACCUGCUGCUGUCUCUCCUGCUGUGUUUGUGCCUCGGCCUCCUGCUGUGCAUCAACCACUGCCGCAUCGCCGCCCCCUCGACCACAGAACCGGAUCCACCCACCCCCAAAAGCUACACCUUCAGCUGCCCCGAGAGGUCGUUCUCCUUCUGCGAUGAGACGGGCCUGAAGAGGAGCGCCUCCUACCCCCUCAUCCACUCAGAGACGCUCCAGCUAGCCACCACCGAAGGCCCAGAAAUGCUGCACGCAGAGGAGACGCAGAGUCUCUGUCCACAGAACAGAAAGCGGAGACGUCGCCGGCUGAAGCCCAUGGAAAAGGUGGAGACUCUGAAGCCUUUUCAGGCCGCUCCCGAACUCUCAAACGGCGCCGCGGUGUGCAACGGGGCGCCCUGCCUCCCCAACCCGGCGUUCCUCGCCAAGCGCCUGCUCCACCCGGCCUUCAGGGACUCGCCGUCAGAGGGCAGCUCGGAGGGCUCCUCCCACUCCGACGACCCCUCCUUCUGCGGCAUCGCCACCGCCUGCUCCCGCCUCUGCGACGGCCUCCCCCCGGCCAAAACCCGCGCCGAGAAGCGGGCGCUCAGGCGCCGGCGCCCCAAGCCCGGCUGGACGGCGGCCGACCCGCUUCUGCCGCCUCUAAAGGACAAGAGCGCCGCGCCGCCCGUCACCCUGCAGGACAUCACCAACAGCAGAACGGAGCGCAAACCCGUGGCGCCGCUCACGGGUCCGGUCUGACCCCCCCACACACACCC